CCUGAAAAAUCCAAAGUCCGGAGUUUGCUUCCUGAAAAGGUCCACAGCAGCAGCACCUGGGCUGUGGGAACUGUGUCUUCAGCUGAAAUUUCUCUUCGUUUCACAGCGAGAACAUUUGAGUGAAGAAAGGCAAGAAGAGGUUCCUGGAUGUGCGGUGCCUCGUUUCCCGGGAUGCCUUUCACCAAAGACUCAGAGUCCUAAAUUAAAAAUUGAGGCAAAUCCAGAAGACGCUGCAGACAGAGCAUUUCAGUUACAGGAUGUUUCUGAAGCAGAAGAUGACAACGGCCCAGGAGUCACUGACGUUGGAGGAUGUGGCUGUGAGGUUCACCCAGGAGGAAUGGCAGCUCCUGGGCCCUGCUCAGAAGGACCUGUACCGGGAUGUGAUGCUGGAGAACUACCGAAGCCUGGUGUCAGUGGGGUUUCAAGCCAGCAGGCCAGAUGUCCUCCCCACACUGGAACAGGGAGAACCACUGUGGAUGUUAGAAGAUGAAAUCCACAGUCAGAUUCUUCUGGAAAUUGAGAAAGCUGAUCAUCUGCAACAGCAAUUGCAAAACCAAAAAAGGCCAAACAGGAUGGAACAGUGUCAUGAACCAAAUGCACCUGGAAAUAGUCAGAGGCACAAAUGUCUUCUUCCCUUAAGUCCAAAUCAUAUGUUUGAUUUACAUGGAAAAGCAUCAAAACCUUAUUUAGCUUUAUCUAACCAGAACAGCAAAUGUUUCAUAAAAGAGCUUGCUGAGUUAAAAGUAGGUAGGAGAUCCUUUGUUUAUGAUAUUUAUGAGCAAACUUAUAGCACAGUUAAAGCCCAUACUAAAGUUAAAAAACAUACCAGCCCUGAAUCACAAUUCUUUAAAGAACAGAAAAUACACAAAAUGGAGAAAGGCCAUGAAUGUGCUAAAUGUGGGGAAGCCUUCCUCAAGAAGUCUCAGCUCAUUGAACAUAAGAAAAUUCAUUUAGGAAAGAAACUUCAUGAAUGUAGUAUCUGUGGGAAAACCUAUAAGAAAUUCAAUCUCACCAAACAUCUGAAUGUUCACAAAAGAGAGAUACCCUAUGAAUGUGGUAAAUGUGGGAAAGCCUUCUUCAGGAAAUCUCAGCUUACUCAGCAUUUGAAAACACAUAUAGGAAAUAAACCCCAUAUUUGCCCUGAAUGUGGGAAAAGUUUUGCCAGGAAAUCACCACUCAUUGUGCAUAUGCGAAUUUAUACAGGAGAGAAACCAUAUUUAUGUAGUGAAUGUGAAAAAGGAUUUAUUCAGAAGGGCAAUCUUUUGAUACAUCAAUGAACUCACACAGGAGAGAAACCCUAUGGAUGUACUGAGUGUGGUAAGGCCUUUAGCCAGAAGGUGUGCCUCAUAGCACAUCAGAGAUACCACACAGGAAGGACACCCUAUGUGUGUACUGAGUGUGGGCAAACCUAUUCCAAGAAGUCAGCGCUUAUUAGAUAUCAAAGAAUUCAUACUGGUGAGAAGCCAUACAAAUGCAGCGAUUGUGGGAAAGCCUUCAUUACAAAGGCAAAGUUGAUUACCCAUCAUAGAACUCAUACAGGAGAGAAACCCUAUGGAUGUGAUGAGUGUAAGAAAGCCUACUCUGAUAUGUCUUGCCUUGUUAAACAUAAGAGAACGCACAGAAUGGAGAAAUGCACAGAUAUACUGAAGGUGAAUGAUUCUACAGUGAGUGACACAUUUUUGGACAAUAGUAAAUUCAUGCAAGAGAGAAAUCCUGUUAUUAUAACUGCAAAUACCUCCAGUGAUCCCUAA